AUGGAGGCAUUUACUAGCACUGGCCAACCGCUGGCUGGCAAUACAUACCCUAAUCAUGAUGACUCUGACUCAGACAUGCUGAAAAAUGCAGGAUUCGACCCUACCAUAACGCUGUUGCAACCUGGCCAUUCCUCAUCACAGCACGCGCACCGUCACCAGCACGCAGCCGCUGUUCAGCCGCAUACGUCUGGUUCUGCUCCUCAGCCGAGUCAUCUGCUCCCCCCUGCUGAUGUCCUGAACUAUCAUGACCAUGAUGAUGCCAAUUCUCAAUACUGCUAUGAUCCAUCCACCAAUCCAUACUUGCAGGGAAUGCUAGCGAUGCCGACGCCAUCACCGUGGAACAUUCCAAGCUACCCUCAGGUCCAUGCACCCCCAUCCCUCUUUCACAAUCAACUGCUGCCUGCCGACCCGCAGUUCUAUGAAGAUUUUUAUUUAUCAUCUGCAGGCAAUCUUGUGCUUGAUGCCGAUAUAUCAUCUGUGCCACAGUUACCUCCGAACCACAGAAUUGCUCUCAAUAUUCCAUAUCCUUCCUCCGAUCCCAUACAUGAUAUGUUCUACCUAGAGGCUCCCGUGUAUAUGUCCCCUCUAGAUGCAAAUAACUCAGUGUCUCAGAUGCAUGACAAUAUCGUGAACAUUGAACCUACUUGA